ACUGGAUUCAGAUGCAGUCAACGGUUCGAGGAGAACGCUUUUCGCGCUCUUUCGUCCGCAGGAGCGGUCGUUUUUGCGUAAAAGAUUAUCAAAAAAGUGUCAGAUUCGUGAAUACCUGUACUUAUAUAGAAAUACUGUAAGUCAUUCGAAAAGUAAGAACGUAAAUACCAAUCGGAAUUGUGUGACAGUCAUAAGAAAGUAGUGAUCACGAAACCUUCCCGCCAAGGAUAACCUAUCGAGCUGAACGAGCGAACCAAUAAUACACCUACGUUCAUCGUUACACAACUGCUUAAUUCAAGAAGAUACAGUCAUCGACAUAAACUACAUCACUAUAAAAUAUAAUAUUUGUACCAUUCUUAAACUGCAAGUAAGUCUUGAAAUAGUAUUAUACAUUCCACUGCAACCGAUCAUCAAGGAAGAAAAUAGGCGGAACCCAAGAUAAAAGUAACUCGUAAGACUGACUAUCGUAUUAAGGAUUAACUCGUAAACAAUAAAUAUUAAAUAAUUGUGUGCCUGAUAAAUCCUUCGUGGAGAUAAUCUACAUAAAGAAUUAACGCAAUUCAACAUUGUUUCUCUACGUGUUUACGACCGCGUCAUCUUCGUGUGUGUUCGGGAAUCUUCGGUUGGUUUUGACAUUUCGUUGCAUCAGCCGUUACACGCUGCGCGAGUCUCUUUGUUCAACACGCUAUAGUACAAACUUUCUUCUCUAUACAUGUACUUCUGUGAUAUUUGUGGCUCUCUAGGGACUUAUUUCAACCGAUCAAUACUCGGCUAGCCAUUUGGGCCAUUCUUGUAGUGUGACUAUUAUUCUCAGUCAGACUACAGAUCCGCAGUGUCGUUUGGGGUCACUUCUGUCAUUGUAGUCAGGUACUGGUCACACGUUGCAGGAAUGGAUACAUCGGGCUCGCCAGUACCGGAUGCAAUCCACCCCCUUGUCGAACAAUUGCAAGAAGCUCUUGUCCUCGAGGUCAAAUAUCAACCUGACCUUCAACUACCCCUUACUACCCAAAAUGAUGAGAUUACAAUCGGUGCUCGAGAUGGCUCUGCACAUGUGCUGCGUUGUCUUAAAGUUUGGUAUGAUCUACCAUCGGACGUGUUUUUCAUCGCCAUAAAUCUGAUGGACCGUUUCCUCACAAAGAUGAAGGCCAGACCAAAACACAUGGCCUGCAUUAGCGUUUCCUCUUUUCACAUAGCCGCCGUCCAAAUGGCUCAAUCGCUGGAUGCUGAUCAUCUAGUAUCCAUUUCUCAGUGUAAAUGCACUGGUGGUGACUUAAAACGCAUGUCCGAGGUGAUUCGCAAUAAGUUGGAAUGGGCACCUGGUACACAGCCUAUCACAGCUCUAACGUUCCUUCGUUUAUUCAAUGUCAUGUUCCAUGAGGCUGCAUCACAGCUUGGCCUUGGUGAUCUUUACACCAGCAUAGUUACGGAGUCUGAACUUUUACUUAGACUUGAAAUGGUCGCCUGCGAUGGAAACUGUGCAACUCUAAGGCCAUCUGAAGUGGCGUUAGUUUUAUUAUGCACGUACUUGGACGCUGCUGUGAAUCGUCUGGAUUCUAAUGCAGAUGCUACCAUGUCUUCUGUAGCAAUCGCUGGACCAUCUUCAUUGGCUACUCCUCCUACGCCUGCUCAUCAAAUGCUCAGACUCGUGGAAUUUGCUGCAGAGCUACAAAAGAUUUGCAAGAUUCCAGACGAAAGCUUUUAUUCCACCCAUGAUGCCGUUGGUGCAAUAUUGAGCAAGUACAAUGCUCAAGAACAGACACCCCAUAGACAGAGACUUGUAUGGAGAUUAUCUUCGCGUACUGCUCGCCUUUUACGUCCCACCGACAAGUUUACCUCUGUUUUGCCUGUUAUUGCUGAACAUGCUCCGGUUCCUUCACCUAGCAGAAUCAGAAAAAGUCGAAAGUUUGCUCGCCGUCAUGGCAACAAGAGACGAUAGAUGCACAAUCAUCAAUGCAUUCAAGGUAUGGCAACGUGAGUUCAAUGUUCAUCUGGAGCAGUGAAGAUAAGAAUAUCAGUGAUUGGGAACAGAAUUUACAAGCAUCUCUUUUUAUAUCAUCCACUGGCCUGUUAGAUAUCAAUCGCUAGCAUUAAACCAUAGUAACUCAUUUCUUGCAUCAAUCAUUUUCAAUGAUGUUUUCGAUACAGCAGGUUUGAGUUAAGACUCAAUCGUGUCGAAGAACUCCUCUACCAAGUAAUGUUUGUUGUACCAAAAUUCAAAAGGCAGACGUACGUACGUUUGCAUUACCGUAUGUCAAUUCGUUCUGCUCCAUGGGUCACCGUUAAAAUGGCUUUCGUGACAUCGUUAAUUUUUAUUAUUUUUUUAUGAGUAAGAAUAAAGAAAUGAAAUGAAUGUCUGGCUUUGUGAAUGAAUAAAUGUGGGUUCUGUUAAAUUCAAAAUUUAUCAGCGAUUGUUAAGGUGCAGAAUAUGUAUACAGGAAGUAUUUGUGAAUACGUAGACUGAACUAAGAUUCUGAUAAAAAUGAUCUACCAUCUAGUAGAAACAUCGGAAGGAAUAUGAUACCAAUAAAUUCUGCAAUGGUUAGCUCGUAAACCCACGUUCAUUAAACAUUUAGGUAUAUUCUAUCUCUAUAUAUAUAUUUACUAAACGCAUUAAAAGCAAAGAAAAAAUAUAUAUAAGGUAAAAAAUACAAACAAAAACAAUAUAAAAGAAAGUAGUAAAAAAAUCGAGUGCAAAAAAAUGUAAUGAAUGGAUAAAAAGUAAAAAAGAAAAUGUAGUAAACAGGUAAACUUCUUAAGGUGGCUUGACAUGGCAUAAAAUUUAGAAAGAACUUGAUGGAUUCGCAGAUCGAUGUUUUUGCUGUGAAUUAGCGGCACAUAUCCAUACGCGAUAUCGGCGUACGCAGAUUGGCCUUAAACCAAACAUUCUUUUGAUCUAAUUCGACUGGGUUACCGUUGUAAUUCUGUACUAUGUUAAAAAUUUAUGCAGCUAGAUUUCAUUUAUGUUUGGUACGUAAUGCGACGCUAAUGUGGAUAUGUGGCGCUCGUUUUAGCCCUAUAUAUUAUUAUUGAUGUAUCGUCUAUCCAACCUUAUGAGUCAAAGCUAACGACAGCGCACUCUUAGUAUGGCAAUAGUGUAAAAAAAGUGUGAAAUCAGGGCAAGUGUGCUUCCUAGAUCUUCAAACUUCAGUAAGUCGAUCUUCGCUACUCUGACUCUAUGGUAUGAAAAAUACAUAACUCGAAGAAGAAACUACCAAUAAUUUAUUUGACUUAAGAAUUUUGUGCUAAAUCGUGGAUUAUAUAUUGUAUGUAUAUGUAUAUUUUUAUAUUUAUUUCCUAAUUUAUUUGAUCUUUAUGUACUGAAUCGUGGUAGCGAAGAUCGAUAUAACAGACAGUAAACAGUGAUCGACGGAUGAGUGUCCGAGUAUAGCCAGUUUGUGCUAGUCAGAAGUCACUAUAAUUAAUCUCCCUCCUUAUUCUGUCGAUAUAUAGCAGUCCUUUCAUUCUUUAUUAUCUGUCAAAUAUAAUAAACGGUUUUGAACCGUUUACGUGAUCUUUUCCAGUUUCUUCUUCUUUUUUUAUUUUCAAUACCGCUUUAUUCCGAUCUAUAGCGACACCGUGCAUUCGAUAAUAAUAUACGAUAAAAGUAUUAUGCGAGUGACAAAUAUAAAAAAAUCGGAAUGUAAUAACGAUUAAUUCGAAUAAAAUUACAUAUCUCAGGGUAACGCUAGCGGUGUGAGAAAUGCUCUCUGAGAAAUUGUAUUGCGCCAAAAAAGCUAUGUGAGUGCGUCAUGUAGACGCAAUUUUUCACAUAAUAACUGUCUUCUACAACAUCCAUACCAAUGAUAAAAACAUAAAUAUCCAUAGCAUUUCUGAUUUAUGAUGUCACGUGUUUGUUGGGCGUUUAAAAAACAAUCUCCCCGUACCAAGGUUCUAUCAUUACCUUAUAAUGUAUUGCGUUUUCAAUCAUCACUCACAAAGUAAAUCAUUUAGGAGUCUGUGGUUAAUCGUAUUACUUAGUAUCACAAACGAAUAGUCUCAUUCAACGUUUCAUUAAUUUUGUCGUUCUCAAAAAAAAAAAAAAAUAAAUAUGAAUUAAGUGACAAACGUAUUGAUAAGCUUUAGAAUAUUACUCAGAUUUACCCAAUUAUGAACUACUGUUACUUAAAGAAGAAAAGUAAAUUUGUAAUUUUUAGACAGUUCAUUUAUUUUUGUACUUUGACAGGCAGUAGGGUACACCUGAUAAUAUAUAAUUGAAUAUUGAUAACAUUGCGCCAAUUUAUUUUUAUAAGUACGAAUCAAGUUUUACCCCAAGACUUCUCAUUAUUACGUUUUUCAUACUCAUAAUGUAACGUAUAAACAUAAAUCAUCGUUCUUCAACAAUUUCUCAAACAUCUUUCAUUAUCUAGAAAAGAAAUAUGCGCAGAUUUUGUGGCAUGCUCCAUACGGCUAUGAACAAAAUUUAUACAACGUUGAUUAAAAGAACUUUUGAAAUUACAUUGUAAUCGAAUCAUUUUAAUAUCCUAUGGCGGCAUUGCUUAAGCAAUGAUACCUGUCACUAUCGUCGUGAAAAAAAAAAAUUCUAAAUAAAUUCUGUUAUGAACCCGAAUUUGUUUUUUUAUGCGCUCAACCAGUAUCGUUUAAAGAACUAAAGUUAAUUUUGAAAAUAAUGCUUGCUUCAGAUGUUGGUAUAGACCGUUGUCGGAGUACAGAAAAAUAACAUUUAUCGCUAUUGCAACCGAUAUGACACAUGGCAUAUCACUCGUUAUAAUCAUUGUCGCUGUUAGCCUUAACUUUUUUUUCGUAAAAAACGUUUCUGCCUUUAGUACAUAAAAUGUUUAAGGAGACAGUUGAACGUGACUUGUUUGACUCAAUACAACAAAAUUGUACGUCGUCAAUGUUAAAACAUUUUAGAAAAUUAUAAGGAAAGUGAUAAA